AAGCCUCCCUGCCUUUUGUUUGUUUUCCUGCCGGAGACUGGAGAGCGGCCGGGUGCCCCGCCGCUCACCAUGCGCGGCGCGGCCCGCGCCCCUCGCCGGCGCCCCCGGGCGUCCCUACGCGGACCCCUCGGCCCGUCCUAGCGGGGGUCGCCCUGCUCCCGCUCCCGGGCCGGCUCCGCGCCCGCCCUCCGAGAAGCCGCGCUCCCCGCAGGGGCGGGCCCCCGCCUGUGCUCGCGGCGCCGGCAGAAGACUCAUCUUUGAAAAUAUGUAUUUGGGAGAUAGUCACGUUCUAUUGAGUACCUUGUGCUGGUGCUGCCAUAGAAAAAUCUGGUUACCCUCCGGGGAGGUCUGCUGCGGCUGCAGGACUGAUCCGCCUCGGCCCUGAGAUGAGUGUCCGGCCUGAGCGGCCACACCAUGAAUAGAUACACAACCAUCAAGCAACUCGGGGAUGGAACCUAUGGUUCCGUCCUGCUGGGAAGAAGCAUCGAGUCUGGGGAACUGAUUGCUAUUAAAAAAAUGAAAAGAAAGUUUUAUUCCUGGGAGGAAUGCAUGAACCUUCGGGAGGUCAAGUCUUUAAAGAAGCUCAACCAUGCCAACGUAGUAAAAUUAAAAGAAGUUAUCAGGGAAAAUGAUCAUCUUUAUUUUAUCUUUGAGUACAUGAAGGAAAAUCUUUACCAACUCAUUAAAGAAAGAAAUAAGUUGUUUCCUGAAUCUGCUAUAAGAAAUAUCAUGUAUCAGAUAUUGCAAGGACUUGCAUUUAUUCACAAACACGGCUUCUUCCAUCGGGACUUAAAGCCGGAGAACCUCCUCUGUAUGGGACCCGAACUCGUGAAAAUUGCAGACUUUGGAUUGGCCCGAGAAAUCCGAUCAAGACCUCCAUACACAGACUAUGUAUCUACCAGAUGGUACCGGGCCCCGGAGGUGCUCCUGCGGUCCACAAGCUACAGCUCCCCCAUCGACAUCUGGGCCGUGGGCUGCAUCAUGGCAGAGGUGUACACCCUCCGGCCACUCUUCCCCGGGGCCAGUGAGAUCGACACAAUCUUCAAAAUCUGCCAAGUGCUGGGGACACCCAAAAAGACUGACUGGCCUGAAGGCUACCAACUGUCAAGUGCGAUGAACUUCCGCUGGCCCCACUGUGUGCCCAAUAACUUGAAGACCCUGAUUCCAAAUGCCAGCAGUGAAGCAGUUCACCUCCUGAGAGACAUGCUGCAGUGGGAUCCCAAGAAACGGCCAACAGCUAGUCAGGCGCUUCGAUAUCCUUACUUCCAGGUUGGGCACCCCCUGGGCAGCACCACACAGAGCCUUCAAGAUUCAGGAAAACCACAGAAGGACGGUCUGGAAAAGGCAGCCCCACCGCCUCACAUAAAGCCGGUCCCUCCUGCCCAGCCCCCAACCAAGCCACACACGCGCAUUUCUUUGAGACAGCAUCAAGCCAGCCAGCCCCCUCAGCAUCUCAUGUACCCCUACAAAGCCGAGGCUUCCAGGACGGAUCACCUUCCAGAGGACAAGCCAAGCCCUUUGCUCUUGCCAUCCCUCCACACCAAGCAUCCCCAGGCAAAAAUUCUCACUGGCCUGGAGCACAAAAAUGGUGAGAUCAAGCCAAAGAGUAGGAGAAGGUGGGGUCUCGUUUCCAGGUCAGCAAAGGAUUCUGAUGACUGGGCGGACUUAGAUGACUCGGAUUUCAGCCCAUCGUUCACCAGGAUUGACCUGAAAAACAAGAAGAGACAGAGCGAUGAGACUCUGUGCAGAUUUGAGAGUGUUCUGGACCUGAAACCCUCAGAGCCCGUGGGCACCGGAAAUAGUGCCCCAACCCAGACAUCCUGUCCCCGGUGUGACACGCCCACCUUGAGGUCUGCGGCCAAGCAGCACUACCUGAGGCACUCCCGGUACCUGCCUGGAAUAAAUAUAAGAAACGGCAUACUCCCGAAUCCAGGAAAGGAUUUUAUUCCAUCUAAUCCAUGGUCUAGUUCUGGUUUGUCUGGAAAAUCUUCAGGGAUGGUAUCAGUGAUCAGCAAAAUAAAUUCAGUUGGUUCCACCUCAACAAGUUCUAGUGGACUUACUGGAAACUAUAUCCCUUCCUUUCUGAAAAAAGAAAUCGGUUCUACUGUGCAGAGGGUCCAUGUGGCACCUAUACCUGACCCUUCCCCUGGUUAUUCUUCCCUGAAGACUGUGAGACCUCAUCCUGGGCGACCUUUUUUCCACACCCAACCUAGAAGCACUCCCGGGUCGCUGCCCCGGCCUCCGGCCGUCCAGCCCGUGCACGGCCGGACGGACUGGGCUGCUAAGUAUGCAUCUCGGCGAUGACUGUCACGAAGCCCUUUGUAGGGGACAGCGGGACGCUCUCCCUCGGCCAGCUGGUGUUCUACCUGCAAGAGACUUCCGGAUGGUGGAAAAGCAAACACUUUAUAGUUAUUCUUCUGAACUGAGACAUUUCAAUAUUCAUUUUAAAGUUUUUUUUUUUUUAAAUAUUGAUUUGAAUGCAGUACCUUUUUUUGUACAAAGUUAUUUUAUUCUAAAACUGGGUCCCAUUAUUUUCUUAAACCGCGGCAUUUUGUAUAUAUGGAUUACGUUUUAGCAUUUUAUACAGUCAACUUUGUAAGGAACUUUUUAAAGAUUAAUUGAUUUUCCUUUGGGUUUCCAGAUAAUAUUUUAUACAGAUUUUUAAAAAUAGAAUAAUAAUGAUGCAGUAUUGCAACAGGGGUGCAAUUUAAGGCUACACGAUAAAGGGUUUUUUCCUCAAUGUGUGCAGAUAUUUGCGAAGUGGUUAAAUUUUAAAUGUGGCAUGUUCGGUACUUUAGGCUUUUUUGGACUGACCUCAGCACCAGAAAACUGACCAUCUGCCGUUCUCAAUACCAUGUUAUUGGUUUGACUUUUUGAUACCGCUGUGCUGUUCUAAAAGUACUAUUACAUAAUUCACUUUGUUUUCUUUUUACUCCCCAGAUGAAAGAACUCUAAGUAAAUAUUUUUAGAAAUGUUUAUAACACCCUUUUUGGUGGUUGGAGAUAUCCAGCUGAAACCAAGCUAUGCCAUGAUAUUCUAUUUUCUUCCAUUUUUGAAGUCAACUUGUAUAAGUACCCACAAAAAGGAAGCUUUUCAAGCCAAAAGGUUCUCCACGUAAAGGUUAACACGGUCACUUAAACUAUAUCCCUGCCAAGAUGCAUGAUCCAAAAGCUAAGUUUCAAAGCAGCAGAAGAUUUUUUAUUAUCCUAACCCUCAGAAUGUUGCAUUUAGCUCAGUUUUCAUGGCAAUUUGGGGAGCAGGAAAGAUAGAUGGCAGAGGUCCCACUGGUCUGGGAAGUCACAGUUACCGUGAUGUCAGUGUCUGUCACGUGCCACAUUCAAAGAACUCUUAACCCUUGUGUAGUUUCUUUCAACAGUGAGAACUCUAUAUGGUGGGCAGAGGCUGUUCCAUUGAGAGGAAUGUUUACAGCAAUUUUGAAAAUGACAAAGCUAGUUUGGAGACAGAAAAAGACAAAAAGUCCACUCUGAUCCACCUCUGUCGGGCACACUCGCCUCCACUCAUGGUUGCCUGAAAGGCAAGAGAGAAGGUCACCGUCAGUAAACGCGACAUAAUCUCCUGAGUAUAUUGACUCACCUUCUCCCAGGGCUCAAGUCACUCUCAUUUGGUUCCAGGAUAUAGCAAGUUGAGCCAAUGAAAUUGUCAUUUUUGUAGGUUAAAAUGAAUAUUGGCACUUUGAUAUGGUUCAACCUAAUAAGUUGGUAAAUUUUUGCUUUGACGUAUUCAUAAUACGUUGCAGCUUGAACAAAUCAGGAUGGUUCCCAAGGUGCCCUCACCUAAAAUCAGGGAGUAAUUUGUGCUUUGGAGAGUCUGGCUCAAAAAUAUACUUGACCAAGCACCAUGAUCGCUGGGGGCAUGAGAAAAGCACAUGAUGGAUGUGGAUUUGAGAGGUAGUAUUUUCCUGUUAACAAACUGGCAGCAAAGCUUCAGGAAAUAAAGAUGUAUAUGUAAGCACAACUUGAAGCUGAAUUCAUUUCUGUAUUAUAUUCUCAUUAUCUCAAGCAACAGAAGAUGUGUUUUCAGAGAUGAGUCCUUUACUAUGAGGUUAAUAUUUAUUUCCCCUUUCUGUAUUAUGUAUAAAAAGUAAGUUAAUCUGAAAGCUUACCCAGCUUGCUGGAAAGCUGGUUUUAAAUUGUAAAUACCCCCUAGAGAACCAGAUGGAUUGUGAAUACCAUAUUCUUGGCCCUAUAGCUUAUGUUCAGGUCAUUACAUUUUUUUUUUAGAUUGAAAAACCCAGUCACCUGGUUAUUACACAUUAUAAAAUUGUUUUUCUCUUACUUUUGUAGGGCCCAAAUUCAGAAAAUAUUUCACUUUUCUUCUUCUUCCUCUUUCAUUUGUUUAUCAGCAAACAACUUCCCUUGGGAAGCAAAACAUGUUUAUUCAUUUGCAAGUCAAGAAGCUGACGCUGCAUUGAGCAAACUAGAAGGCUGAAAGAACAAUGUCAGUUCUAAAGAACUAGCAAAAUCCUAUAAAGUUCUCUUUUUCCCCCGCCCUGAAACGGGUAAAGGAUAAAUUGAGCAUACAAACUGUUUACUAUAGAAGCAAAUAGUCACCAUUAUUUUGUUAAGUGAAAAUGAAAUGCUACCUGUUGCCUAUAUUUUUAGUUACUAUAGACUUACAAAAUCUACUGCAAGACACCAAGAAGAAUGAUGAGUUUAACUGUACCUAUCCACGUCCGUACCUCAUUUCCAGGCAGAAAGCUUUCUGGGACGUCAGGAAAUGGUACAGUGCCCAAAGGUUCAGUGACAGUGGUAUGCCAAAGGGUAUGUGUGUGAACUGCAGGGAAAGUUGCAUGGGCAUAAAAGCUACUCUUGGUGUGAUUGUUAAUUUGACAAUAAGCUGCCAUUAAUUACUAAGCCCUCACCCAGCUCAUGUAUGAUUUAAAUAGGAAGAAAACUGAUUUUUAAGCAAUUUUUUAGACACAUCUCUUGCCUAAAGGACUAUAUACGUCUAAUAAACUGAUGCUAUGUCAUCAUCUGGAGUUAUCAAAAAUUGAAUACAGUCAAGGCAACCCAUGUAACGCAGGAAUCGUUUUGUUUUUAAGUACAAAUUACCAGUACUGUUGGAGUUCACGGGCACCAUGUUUUUCCAUGAGGUGGCAUCAAGCCAUUGUUUUGUGCCAUUUAGGAGAGAAAAAGAAUGCAGGCUGUAUGUUUCAGCUCAAUGUAUGAUCCAAAGCAAUAUGUUUAUAAGAAAAUGUUUGACAUACUAAUUAUUUUAUAUCAUUUAAAGCAUACUGUAGCAACUUGUUUGUUUAAUAUAUGCGGUUAAUUUUUAGAAUUAUUUUUACAAUUUCCAACCAAAGUACUGUAUUUUAUAUAAUUUAUUGUGAGGACCUUCUCAUGGAAACCCAUAGAAGACAAACUGGGGGCAAAUAUCACGUUAAUCUGUAUUAUCAGUUUCUUAUAGUCACUGUGCUAAUGUGAAUUUAAAAUGACCUGAACAGUCUUCUGAUGUGGAUAUUUCAGUGCUGACAGCAAUUUAGUCUCCUGGUUUGAUUACAAGGGAGUAACUAAGAAUAUAUUUAAUUAUAAAGCAAAUAUUCAUAUGAUGGGAAGGUAGGAGGACAGAAAACCACUUACUCAAGCCCCUUCUGAAAUAAAAUGUUCCUUUUUUGAAUAGUUUGUCCUAAGGUGUUUAAAAACGUUAACUUUACUUAAGGAAAAUUCUGCUCCAAAUAAAGUUACAGUUUAAGAAAAAUUGA